AUGGCAGGCGUAGGCUCGUGGACUUCACGAUCAACUACCCCCACGCCGUAUCUUCCGGCGCUAAACACGGAGAUCAACUUUCCCGGCCUACUCGGUGGCUUUCUUUCGAGCUUGAACUCUCCAGGCGAUAGCAUCCCCGGUCUUCACAUAGCGCCCCUUUUGGAAGAGCAGCCUGAGCUUAAAUCGGCGACUUCUCACUUCGCCUGCGAUUCGACAUUCGGCUCAGCAAUUUUACAUCAAGACGAGACUGCCUUCAUGGCCGGCGCAGGAAACGAAAUUUCGCAAACGGAUCUCGACAGCCUCGCUGAAUGGAUCCCGCGACUCGCCGGCGGUGCGGCCGCCGUCGUUGCCGGCCAGCCAUCGUCAAUUGACGAGAUCGCGGCGGAGCUACAGUCGCUCGAUGCCAAGCAAUUUCUGCUGCAGCAGCAGAUGACGGCGCACUCCGCGGCCGGCGGCGGCGGCGGUUCCGCUGGUGGUGAAGAGGCGGACCUAUACGCGGCGCUAGUGCAACAGCAGCUUGCUGCUGAAAUGCCGCACGUCGCGACCAACGUCGCAUCAUCCGCGGUCGCUUUUCACGGUCGAGACCUGGAGGAGUUUACCGCGCUGUCGCGGAUGGCUGGUUUGCCGAACAGCGCGUUGGGAGGGGGAGAAGGCGGGGCCAAUUCAGUUGAGACGAACGCUGCACAUUUUGCGGCGACAGAACCGGCGGCGGCGCUCUCCGCGGCAUUGGGGAUGAUCGCGAACGAUCCCGCUGCUGCGCGCAGCGACGCGCUGGCGAUCCGUCCGGCGGCUCCACCGCAAUCCACGGCGCAAUUCUCGCGUGCGGCUAGCCAACUCGCAGCGGGGAACGUCUUUGGAGCGCCGGCUCAGUGGCCUUCCGGCGGCGCCACACCACAGGCUUCCGCCGGAGUUCAGAUCGGCGCGAAUUGGCUUCAGAACCAGCCGCAGUCGCAGUCACAGCCUCAGACACAGCCUCAGCCGCGUGCAAAUAUGGAACCUGCUGUGCCCGGGCCAGCGGCUGUGCCGCCUGUUUCUUCAGCGGACGAGCUAGAGGCGCUGUUUCAGCAGAUUCCGCCGGAGCUUGCGCCUGAGGAGCACAUUGUGCUGGCGGCGGCGCUUAUGGCGGAGAUGCAGCGGAGCAACGCGGCGGCUGCAGGCAGUAUGACCGGCUACUCGUCGCAGCACCUGCAGCACGCGCAGCAAUCGCAGCAAUCACAGCAACCACAGCACUCUCAGCAUUCGCAUCAGAUGCACGCUUCUGGAGGAGCCAGUGGUAAUAUUCGUGGUAUCAUCUUUCCCCAGGCGCCCGUUUUAGGCCAUUUUGGGGGGGAUUCUGUGGCUAUCAUUGGCAACCAGCCCCCUGCCUUCGCAGCCGAGCCCCAUCAGAGUCUAGCUGGCACAAGACAGCAGCACGCCAGUGGAGCUGGUAACAAUGCCCUCACUGCUCACAGCGGACCCGCCGCAUCUCUUCACAGACUCUCUGGAUUUCCAUCUGAAUUUCAGGAUGUCGCUCAAUGCAUGAGCGGACCUGUUAGCUCGGACGCGCUUGGCGUCUCGGAGUCUAGUGCAGAGAGGGCGGCUUCAGCGCGGGCGGGCGGCGGGGGAGGGGCUGGUGGGAGCAGGAGAGAAGGUGGGGGGGCUGGUAGUGGUGGAGGGGUUGGUGGUGCGAGUGGUGGGAACCCGGCAUUGAAGGCCAUUCGGCCGCGUUCGGUGAAAGAGAGAAGGCGGAGAGAGAGGAUAAGCGAUUGCUUGAGGAGGCUGAAGACUGCUAUUCCUCAAGAGAUUCUUGGAGAUAGGCAAGACCUUGGGUCCAUGAUUGAAAAAUCCGUCAGUUAUAUACAUAGCCUCCAGGCAAGGCUUGAUAGGCUUCAAUCCAGCAGCAAAGAUGAGGAGAGCAAGGAGGAGGGUCAGUAG